UUCAUUAAAAUAAAAUGUAUUAUCCCAACUACAACAGUAACAUCGUUUGAGUGGGACUGUUGAAAUCGGAUAUAUUUAUAAUAUGAUACCAUCACAUAUUGACCACUGACAUGUGCGUUUCAGUUUUUUUGAUUGCUUAUUGUUGAACUUGAGAUAUUUCAAUUGUAAAUAUCUUUCUGUUUAUAUAUCUAACUUCUUUGUGUUUUCAUCUAUGUUACAGAUCAUCUAUGUUGUAGAUCAUGACCAACAAAGAAUUUGGAAUAGGUUAAAAAUUGGUUGCUUUUAUUGGUUUCAUGCAGGAACAUAGUUCCUUGUUACUGAUUUACUUUAGUAGGAUCAGUCAUCUGUAAUUAAUAAAUGUGCUUGUCUGUCUUCAUACAUUUUUGCUUUUACCCGAAACGUGUCCUGUAAGAGCAAAACUUUUGAAAUGUCCCCUUUUCUGUUCUAGUAAUUUGACAGCAACAAUUGUUGCACAGUUUUCAUCCAUUUUCUUUGUGGUUAGUAAUGGAAUGCUUUGAUGGAACACUGUGUUGCUGUAGUGGGCAAUAUUUACAAAUCUGGUGAGUGUUGUGCAGAAACUGUUCGCAAUUUCUGUGGAACACUUGGUCAACAAAAUACGCUAAGUAAGUUGAGUGUAAUGAUGCUCUCAUGGUAGUCAUUCACUGCAAAACAUUGUCGUUGUGGAUGAGUGAUAGUGUUGCUGUAAGUCCAAUGAAAUAUGUUUGCCAAUCUUGACAACAAGUGGAUAUUCCCAGAAUCAGCAUGCAGUGAAUUCUGAAAGUUCUGCACUUUUCAGCUUGCCUAAAAAAUUCCAAAUUAAACAAGAACUGAAGCUAAACAAUCGUGAAACAAAGAAGACACAACAGUUUCAUCAAAAAAAUAAUGUGCAUUGGUGGGGCACUUUUUGUUGAAUAGCUUUGUGAACAAGCAAAAUUGCAGGAAUAGGGGCACAGGAAACCUCAAAUUGUUAUGGAGAAACAAUUACAUCCACACUGUCUGUCUGUCUGUCUGUCUUUGCGUUGUGUGGCAUUUGGGCUGAGGGCAUAGUUGGACCAUACCUUUUUGAAGAUGGUGCCAGAAAUGCAUCAACAGUGGACAGUAAGUGCUACUGCAAUAUGUUAAGAGCUUUUGUGGUUUCAACUGGAUCAUGUGAAUGCCGAAGAGGUUUAAUUUCAGCAAGAUGGUGCAACAUGUCACACUUUGAUUGCAACAAUGCACUUUUUAGAGAGGUUCCAUGGCUGGAUGAUUACUUUCAACGGUGACUUUACCACUCAGAUCUUGUGAUUUGACACCAAGUGAUUUCUUCUUGCAGAGAAUCAAGAUGUAGGUAUGCAGAAAGAUAUGGCCAAUUUCAUCGAAAGAAGUAGUUGUGCGUGCAGAAUCGUGAAGGGCAUUUGAAUAAUACCAUAUUUAAUACAUAAUUACAGGUCUGAAGUUGCUCAUGAAAAGAACAAGUUCAAGCCAUCAAAGUGGGUGUCUGUUGCUUUCUCCAGAAAAGCAAAGUGUCCAUCAAAAGGUGUCAUGGAAGGUGCUCCUUUAACACAAGAAGGAAUUUGUCAAGUGUAUCAGCUUAUUGAAUUUUUAGGAAAAGAACAGAGUAUUAUUCAAGAAGGUAUAUUUCGUCGAAGUGGAAAAAUGACUCGUCAGAAUGAGCUGAAGAUGUUGAUGAACCAGGGAGUGCCUCUAAAGUUGGGAGAAGGGAACUUCUCUGUGCAUGACUGUGCUUCAGUAUUGAAGAACUUCCUGGCAGAAUUACCAGAGCCAUUGUUAACUGAUGCACAUUUUCCAGCGUACUACCAAAUAUCAGAUUUAUGUAAAGAGGUAGCAUCAGGACGUGGAAAUGAGAAACGUUUACUCAGAGCACUUCAGCUACUUCUUCUUCUGUUACCAGUUGAAAACCGUUUGCUUCUGAGGGAUCUGCUGCAGUUACUGCAUAAAACAGCUUGUCAUGAGGCUAAAAAUAAGAUGUCGGCAGACAACCUUGCGACACUGUUCACACCACAUCUUAUCUGCCCAAGAAAGCUGACACCAGAAGCUUUGCAUGACAAUUCUCAGAAAAUGUGUGGUGUAAUUGCUUUCAUGAUCAAGCAGGAAAAGAACUUGUUCAGUAUUCCACCAAAAUUGGCUACAGAUGUUCGUGCUUUCUGGAUUGAGCAUAAUAAAUCAAGAAUAACACCGAAGGUAUGUAGAGUAAGCACUGAUGGUUUAACAGCAAGUACAGUGUUCUCAUUUGUCGAUCGUGAACGCUCGGCAGAAGUUCAUAAACAGGUGGGAGAUCCUACUGAGGUAGCACUGGCCCAACUCUAUGCCCACAUUCAGACAUUGCCAGAGUCUCAACACAAACGUCGUCUUGUGAAACAGUUUAAUCGAGAAAAUGGUCAUGGAACACCAUUACGUUUCAAACCACACGGCCGAAGCCGUAGUUUGGGUGAUUCUAUUAAGAGACAUAUUUUCAAAGGUGGAACAAAGAUGGACAAGUGUGAAGAUUCUUUGGGGCGGCGGCGCAGUGUGGUUAGGUCUUUGAGUCAAGAAGACAUAAGUACACCAACAAGAACAGGCGAUCGUAUUAAAUUAUUCCAGGAACAUGGAAGUGGUGGAUUCACUCCCCUCUGUGAAUUCCCUACUUUGAAAAAAUCAUUGUGUGACUCUAAUUCAACCGUAGUACGUCUAAGAUACUCAAGGAAAACUGCCAAACCACUGUUGUUGAGACGGCGGCUGAUUUGUGUUGAUUCUGAGAAUAGCAUGUGUGAAGAAAACAGUGUUAUGCUCAAGUCACUUAGGCUUAAUAACUGUGACUCUAGUAGUGGAUCCCAUUCCAGCAAAUGGGAUGGCUUACAUAAAAAUUCAGUGAGCAAUAAGUCUCAAAUGAAUAUUGCUUUUAGCUCAGUGCAGUGCCAACAAUCUACUGUUGAUACUCAUAAUGAAUUAUUAGUAAAUGAUUACUGUGACAGACACCUUAUAAAUGGUAACAUUCCCCUUACAGUUAGAAAUAUGAAAUUAAUUGGUGUACCUGAAAGCCUGAGUAAUGGGAGAUUAUUUCAUGCAAAGUCUGUGACUUUUGAAGCGGAAGGUGAUCACAGUAAUUCCCCUGCAUUCCAUGUCAACCUUCAUUCAGCCUAUCCAGUGGCAGCACCUUUACGUAACUCAAGUGAUAGAAAUUGCAGUGUAUGGUUAAGUGAAUUGGACACAGAACGUACACAAGCUUUACAAAGAGACCAGUCUCCUUCUGUUCUUCCAUCUACCCCAAUCUGGGCUGCAAGUACACCUGCCCUGCAGGUCAUCAGCUUAAACCAAAGCAGCUCCAUAUCACCCAUCACCCGGUCUACUCAGAAAAUGCCUAAAGCUAUGCAGGAAACAAUGAUGACUCCAAGAAGCAGAAAACCAGUUGUUGUUCUGUCUGGAUCUAAUCUCUGCCAUCUUACAAGUAUUAAUAAUAUGGACACUCCAGAUGAUGCUAAUAGGAUGCCUUCACCCAUUGGUGGGAGUUGUGCCAUUAAAGCAUUUGUGAAUGGUGACUGUGUCGGCACAGAAAUACACACACCGAUAAAACCUGCUGGUGCUUUUUGCACUAUAAGUGAUUGUGAUAAAGAAAAUAGCUGUUCAAGAAAAAUAGUCCUGGAAAAUGAAAACGGUAUUUUCAACAUGUACACCAAUGGCCAUGAAGCUGAUAGUUGUAAUGGCGGUUCCCUGAGCAGCCCGUUUAAAUCAUAUCUGUCAAGUCGUAGUGUCCUUACUGCUUCUCCAAUUGACUUGAGUUUUAUAAGCCGUGGGAGUGAUUUGGACUCUUCUGUAGAAGAACAUAGGAUUCUGCAAAGUGUUGAGAACAAUCUGAGUGAAUCAUUAUUGUUUUGCCUAAAUGGAGGUCAACCAUCUUCUCUGGAUGAUGAAAGUGUGGAAAAUAGCAGGUUUGCGGCAGACAAACUGUGUGCUGUUCAAGUAGCUACUUCUGUACCUGUUAAAGAUGUGGGGACUGAGUCGUCUACAUUUUGCAAGAACUUUCUGCAAGAAACAUCAUUAUGAUGUUGAUCAGGUAUUUUUACGUAAUCAUCAGAAAUACGUACUGAGGCCAGUAUUGACAUAAUGUUGAUAGUUCAACAUUAACUGUAUUUGUCCUAAAUGUGAUAUGGAAUACCAAAAACCUGUAACAAUAGUAUUUACAACCAAGUACAAGAACUAACUUGUAAUGUUUCUAUGACACUGUAGAAAAAUUUCACUGGUAUCAGGCCAAAGUAAGACUGUUACUUCAAAAGUUGUCAAACAGAAGCUUCAAACUGUCUUGCAGCUUUCGUAGUGACAUUAAAUAUUUAAGGAUUCUUAGAUGUUUCAUAUACCUUUUAAAUGUCACAUUAUUUCAAAUGUUUGGAAAAACUUCCUUUUCUUAGGUUCUUUAAAGGACUUUGUGCGUAUCAAAAAUUAAGAUUGUAAAUUUUAAAACAGAUGUAAACAUAUUGUAAUAUAGAUUCUUACGUUAAUUUAUAUUUCAUUCAAACUGAAAUGUUCAUCUAGUUAUAAUGAGUUAAUGCUCCUUUCUGUUUUGUUUAUUGCAUUCUACUUUCAUGAUGUAUAGUACAAGAAACUGUAAGUGCCAUGUACAAAAAGAAAUAUAUUAACUUUCACCUUUUUUGGUGCUGUUACGGCUUAAUAAUUAAAUUAUUUUGAACAAAAUAU